AUGGAUGUGGACACCGUGCCUGUGUCUCAGCAAGACCCUGCUUUUGAGUUCAACGCACCUCGAUGGUAUGACUUCCAACGUCUAAAUGAGAGCAUGCCCUCCCCAACCGCGGACGCAGACGCCUAUUUCUUCUCCUCCCAAGUCAAAGGGCUUCGCACUCCCACAAGGAACACCGAGGCAGGGCAGGAUGAGGAAUUGGGCCGGUUGCAAGAGGACCUGGAGCGAGUCCGUGAGGAGAUGAGGGACGAAGCCACCAGCGCAAGGAGGCAGAGCCACGCAGUCUCAGGCUGCCGCUCUCCAGGCCCAGAGGGAGCAGAUGAAGCAGAGCCGAUGCAUGAAGGGGGCGAGGAUGAGGAUGCAGCUGCUCAGCUGGCAAGCACGCCACCUGCACAGGCAGUAGAGGCAGAAGAUGAAUCAGUGCCUUCGCCCGGCAGCCCACCUGCAGUAGCAGUGGAUGACCAGGAAGAGGCUCUCUCACCAGCACAGCCGGCAGAUGAUUCAACAGACAGUCUCUUGCAGCAGGUGCCAUCCGAGGCCACAGCAGCACAGACUGGCCCACAGCCCUGGCCCAUGCCGCCGCUGCUGGCCGCUGCAGCCCAGUCAGCUGCUGAGGUGGCGGCAAAUGAGGCGAAGCCAAGGCUGCCGCCCAGCAAUCUGGUCACCUCGUGGGGGCCCUCUGCGCCCGCCAGGAGGAUCAUGGCGCACACCGCCCCUGGGCCGCCCUCAAUCCUUGCAGGAGAUGCUGGUGACAAAGAGGCGGCAUCAAGCGCGGCAGUGGUGGCGCCGUCGCUUCUUGCAGGGGGCCGACAAAGUUCAAGCGCGGCUGCGACAGCUCCUCCUGCGCAGGAACAGCUAGAGCCAGCAAAAGUACCUGCCCAGCUCAGGCGCUCUCCCGGGUUGACACCACCAAAGGAUCCUCAGCCGAAACAGGCCGAGCGUUCUGCACCCGGGAAGCAGCAGCAGCAGCCGGCGGCAGUGGCGGCGGCAGACAAGGCUCUGGCAAGAAAGCAUAGCGUCCCACAGCCUGCGAAGAAGCCUGCAGGCAAAGCGCUUGCCCCGAGGCCUCUCACGAAGCCCAAGAGCACCAAGUUUGGCACCUCCAUGCGCCGGCAGCUCGUUGCCGGCCUCAGCGGCAGCUCUGUUGCCAGGCAGCUUGACCAGGCAAGGCAGGCACAGCAGAGCGGCACCGCCAAUGCAUUGGAGGCGGCGGCGCCAAGACAGGCGGCGCCAAGACAGACCGCGCCGAAGCCGGCACCACCUAAACUGGCAGCGCCAAAAAAGACACAGCUAAAACAAGCAAAGGCGGAAGUUGCAGCGCCAAAAGAGGCAAAGCGGCCAGCGGCGGCGGGCGCCAAGCGGCCGACACGGCCGGUGUCGCGCGACCUGCGCACAUCCAAACGCCAGCGCGCAACCUCUGCAGCGCCCGCGCAGCAGGAGGCUGAGGAGUGGCGGCCACUGGCGCUGAUGGUGGCGCAGUUUGAGGCUGCCACGCCCGCGCGCUUCAACAAGGCCGGCCCCAGAGCGAUGCAGACUUGCUUGAUCUGGGAGAAAAACAGAGUGUGUCAGCAGGCGCCUGAGUUGGCGGUGGAGGCACGGCUGCGUCCGAGCCACUACAAACCGCAGGAGGAGCGCGAAAUGGACGAGAUCGCCAGCCUGCCACCCUUCAAGGCUCGCCCCGUCGAUCCGGCGGUGAUGAACAGCCAGGGCCAGCUGGGGGUGACUCACGUGCCGCCCAAGCCGCCCACCACCGGCCAUGCUCCGGUGCUUGCCACUGAGAAGCGGGCAGCCGCACAUAGCAAGCCGGCGGAGGAGCCAGUGCCACCGCCGCCAAAGCCGGCAGCCAAGUUUGACCCGAUGCGGCUGACUGUGGCGCAGUCACCCAAACUGGCCACCACUGCUCGCACUAGGUCCCAGAGCAUGGCACCCGUUCCGGAGGAGCCCGCUUUUGUGUUCAAGGCGCGGCCGCUGCCGGGCGGCGGCGGCCAGGCGCCUGUUGCGCGCGCGACAAGGACACGCCGCAACACCACCAGCUUUCAACCGUUCCACCUUUCUACUGAGGAGCGGGGCGGAGCCAAGCAGUUGGCGCUGGAAGAGGCGGCGGCGGCGAAGCGCGCGGCCGGGGGCCGGGUCCUCCCCUUCCAGGCCGCCCCGGUCCCCCCGACUCUACGGCAACCGGCGCCGCUGCCGCCGGUGGCCGAGAAGCCGCCGACCGCCCCGCAGCCCUUCAACCUCGCCAGUGAGGCGCGCCACCACCAGGCGGUGGUGCUGAGGGAGUCGCAAAAUGGCGCGCGCGAGGCGAAACGGCGGCGCGACGCAGCCUUCAAGGCGGCCCCGGCCCCGGCGCACCCUACGCCGCGCCCGCCGCGGCCGUCCCGGCAGCCGCCGACGGCCGCGAAGACGCCUGAUCUGACGCUGCGCACCCGCAGCAUCGCGCGCGUCGCGUUCGACGCCGCCGUCGCAGAGAACCAACGCAGGGCAGAGGAAGCAAAGGGGCUGGAGCAAGAGAGGGCGGCCAAGGAGGAGGCCGCAGAGGUGAAGCGGUACCGCAGGUCCCUGACCUUCAAGGCGAGGCCGGCGCCGGGCCGCGGCGUUCCCCUCUACGAUCUCAGUGACCCUGAUCUGCUGCAGUCCCCCUUCCAAAACACACGAUCGCGCUCCAGGCUCAUGCGCUGA